AUGCAGCAUCAGCUGCACGUCAAAGCGCCGCGCUCCUCAUCCGUCCUUUCAACCCAUCAGUGCUUCAUGAAUGCAGAUGGAGACGCGUCUUUUAUCGCGUCCCACGUCGAGAAGUUCACCCCAUUCAUCACUGAGCCUUCAGAGAGAAGAUUCAAAGGAAACCGCCUUCUCUGGAAGAGCCGUUUCCGGGAGCAGCGUGACACCCGAUGCAGCAUCAGCACCACCAGCAUCAGCGCCAGGAAUAUCAGCACCAGCGGCAUCACCACCAGCGGCAUCACCACCAGCGGCAUCAGCACCAGCAGGAUCAGCACCAGGAGCAUCAGCACCACCGGUAUCACCACCAGCGGCAUCAGCGCCAGGAGCAUCAGAGCCAGGAACAUCAGAGCCAGGAACAUCAGUGCCAGCGGCAUCACCACCAGUGGCAUCAGCACCAGUGGCAUCAGCACCAGGAACAUCACCACCAGCAGCAUCAGCACCAGUAGCAUCAGCACCAGCGGCAUCAGCACCAGGAACAUCACCACCAGUGGUAUCAGCACCAGGAACAUCAUCACCAGUGGCAUCAGCACCAGGAACAUCACCACCAGGAACAUCACCACCAGCGGCAUCAGCACCAGCGGCAUCACCACCAGCGGCAUCAGCAUCAGCAGCAUCAGCACCAGCGGCAUUACCACCAGGAACAUCACCACCAGUGGCAUCAGCACCAGCAGGAUCAGCACCAAUAGCAUCAGAAGCACCAUCAGCACCAGCGGCAUCAGCACCAGCGGCAUCAGCACCAGCAGCAUCAGCACCAGCAGCAUCACCACCAGCGGCAUCAGCAUCAGCACCAUCAUCACCAGCGGCAUCACCACCAGCGCAUCAGCAUCAGCACCAUCAGCACCAGCGGCAUCAGCACCAGCGGCAUCAGCACCAGCAGCAUCAGCAUCAGCACCAUCAGCACCAGCGGCAUCAGCACCAGCAGCAUCAGCACCAUCAGCAUCAGCACCAGCAGGAUCAGCACCAUCACCACCAGCGGCAUCACCACCAGCGGCAUCACCACCAGUGGCAUCAGCAUCAGCACCAUCAGAACCAGCGGCAUCAGCACCAGCAGCAUCAGCACCAGCAGGAUCAGCAGCAUCACCACCAGCGGCAUCACCACUUGCAGCAUUAGCACCAGCAGCAUCUCAGUUUGUGGUGAAGUACACAAGGCCUUUGGGAUGCACAGUUGUGCUGCAGAAGCCCUAA